AAAAAUAGAAAGAAAAUCUGCAAAUAGACAAAGAAACAACAACAACAACAAGUGAAUCAUAAGCGAAGAAACCGCCACUAUUCUCUCUCUCUCCUCCCCCUUCUCUGCAUCUUCGUCUUCUUCUUUGUCUUAGGUCUCCACCAACAACCAUUGCAGCAGCAACAAAACCACUGGCUGAGCAAAACAAGCAUAGUCACAAAACCACUUUCCGCUGUAAAGAAGGUUUGAGAAAAGGAAUUACAGAGAAAUGGGAAUUUUACACGACGAUGUGGUGAUGAUCAGUCCAUCAGAGAAAGAAAGAGACCUCAGCGUCAUUACCGUCAACUGCCCUGACAAGACUGGCCUUGGUUGUGAUUUGUGUCGCAUCAUACUCUUCUUUGGCCUUAAUAUCGUUAAAGGAGAUUUAUCUACGGAUGGGAAAUGGUGUUACAUAGUGUUUUGGGUUGCUGGCAAUUCAUCAACUAGAUGGGGUCUUCUGAAGAAGAGAUUAUUAGCGGUUUGCCCUUCUUGUUAUUCAGCUUCUGGGAUUUCUUAUUAUCGUCCAGAAUUGCAGCAGCCUCCGAGGCCUCCUGAUGUUUUUCUAUUGAAGUUAUGCUGCCAUGACAGAAAAGGGCUUUUACACAAUGUGACUGAGGUGCUAUGUGAGCUUGAGCUCACAAUAAAAAAGGUAAAGGUAUCUACAACACCAGAUGGCAGGGUGAUGGACCUAUUCUUCAUUACAGACACCAGGGAGCUUCUGCAUACAAAUAAAAGAAAGGAGGAUACAUAUGAACACUUAAAAGCUGUUAUGGGAGAUGCCAUGAUAAGCUGUGACAUAGAAAUGGUUGGUCCUGAAAUUACUGCAUGUUCACAGGAAUCUUCAUUUCUUCCAACUACUAUAACAGACGACAUGCUUCAGUUGGAAAUUCCUGAUGCACUCCCAAGUUCACUAACUUCCACCAGUGUUUCUGUCGCAAUGGACAAUUUACUGAGUCCUGCUCAUACACUUGUUCAAAUUGCAUGCCAAGAUCACAAAGGUCUUCUUUACGACAUAAUGAGAACUCUUAAGGAGUACAAUAUGCAGAUUUCUUAUGGGCGCUUCACUAUAAAACAAAGAAGAAAUUGUGAGAUUGACUUGUUCAUUGUUCAAGCUGAUGGGAAGAAGGUAGUUGACCCUAACAAACAGAGAGCAUUGUCUUCUCGUCUGGAGAUGGAAUUACUACGUCCGCUCAGAGUAGCUGUUGUCAGCCGUGGUCCUGACACAGAACUACUAGUGGCAAAUCCUGUUGAGUUAUCUGGCAAAGGCAGGCCUCUUGUGUUUCACGAUAUUACGCUCGCUCUCAAGAUGCUCAAGACUUGCAUUUUUUCGGCAGAGAUCAGGAGGCGCAUGAUUGGAGAUCGUGAAUUUGAAGUUUAUAGAGUCUUACUUGAUGAAGGGGAAAGUUUGUCCAUUCCAAGAAGCAAAAUUCUGGAAGCAGUAUGGAAUAUGCUAAUGGGUUGGGCUUAAAUGAUGUCACUAUCAUUCCUUUUAGAUUGCCAUGGUCUCUUGUGCAGUUUACUUCUCCUAUCAAAAUAUGUAUGUAAACUAUAGAUCAUAUGUCCUAGAGAGGCAGAGCUGAUCCGCUUCCACAUCAUGUUUCCGACUUCUGUGAGGCUGUCUUGUACCAUAAAGAUUGGAAGUUUGCAAGGGGAUACAAAAAGCGCAAAGAUACAGAGCCUCAUCAUGCACAUUCGGCAUACGUCAAGUCUUUCUGGUAAUGGAUGCUUGUAUGUGACAGCUCAGUCGAUUUCCUAUCAUGUAAUCCGUUAAUACCUUUCUUUUUCCUUGUAAAUAAAUUCAGCAUGUAGAUUAUGCAAUAUAAAGUAAUUAACAAGGGGUUUUGUAGUUCAAAAUUA